AUGGGGAAGUUACUGAGCCUGCUGGCACGGGAUGAAUCAACCUGCUGCACACCGAAAACGUACGACGUGUUUCUAGACUUUGAGAAUGCAGCCCCGACCGACCUAGAACGGGAGGUAUACGAAGAGGUCGACCACGUCCUGCGCCAGUCCGAGAUCGUCCUGGACGAGAUCCAGUGCUAUAAGGGUGCCGGUAAGGAAAUACGGGAAGCAAUUGCCGAUCCGUCGCCGGAAUGUCAAGAAAAGGCGUGGAACAUUGUGAUACCGCUGGUGGAGAAGCUGAAGCGCUGCUACGAACACUCCCUCGAGCUGGAACGGAUCGUACCGAAGCUGCUGGGCCAGCUGGUGGGUGGUCGGCUCAACCCAACACAGCACUUGGAAACACAGCAAGCACUCGUAAAACAGCUGGCCGAAAUAUUGGAGUUUGUGCUAAAGUUUGACGAGUACAAGAUGAAAACACCGGCGAUCCAGAACGAUUUCAGUUACUAUAGACGCAUCGCCAGCCGGCAGCGGCUAGACCAGACGAACGAGAUGAUCAUCAGUACGGAGCUGGCGAACCGAAUGUCGCUGUUCUACGCACAUGCAACCCCCAUGCUCAAGGUGCUCAGCGAAGCGACCUCUAAGUUCGUGCAGGAUAAUUCCGACAACGUUGAUAACACGACCGAAACGCUCGGCACGAUGGCGAAAGUUUGUCUACGGAUGCUGGAAAAUCCUAAACUAUUGGCACAAAUCGAGCGGGAAGAAACACAUCUUCUGCUGCUGCGAGUAAUGGUCGGACUGGUGAUACUGUACGAUCACGUCCAUCCGGUCGGUGCGUUCGCACGGGGCGCUCACGUAGACGUUAAGGGAUGCGUGCGGUUGCUACAGGCACAACCGGCCGUUAAGGCGGAACCCUUGCUGAAUGCGCUCCGCUACACAACGAAACACCUGAACGAGGACAACACGCCGAAAAACAUUCGAAAUCUGCUCGCUGCCUAA